AAUUUAAGUUUGCUCAGUACGACUAUAUCAUUUGACAUAUCUCUGCUGUUACUCAUUAAUUGCAAUGGCUGUAUUUAGUUGCCUAGUUUUUAUUUGUGCAGUAGUGUUGUGCUCUGCUGAAGAUCUUUUAGUCACGAAAAAGGUUUAUUUCGAUUUGGCGGAAGAUGGAGUUUCGAUUGGAAGAAUAGAAAUAGGACUUUUUGGAGAUGUUGUCCCAAAAACUACAAGAAAUUUUUAUGAACUAGUAACACACAAUAAAGGAUUCGGAUAUAAAGGUAGUAAAUUCCACAGAGUAAUUGAUAAUUUCAUGAUGCAGGGUGGUGAUUUUACAAAUGGUGACGGAACAGGUGGCAAAAGUAUAUAUGGAGAAAGGUUUCCUGAUGAAAACUUUAAAUUAAAUCAUUAUGGAGCUGGUUGGUUAUCCAUGGCAAAUGCUGGUCCAGACACAAACGGUUCACAAUUUUUUAUUACAUUUACCAAAACACCUUGGUUAGAUGGGCGUCAUACUGUUUUUGGAAAAGUAACCAAAGGAAUGGAUGUUGUUAAGCGAGUAGGAAAGUCAAAAACAAACAAUCGAGACCAACCUCUAAAAGAUAUUACAAUAGCAGAUUGUGGUGCAUUAGAAGUUGAAAAACCGUUUCCAGUUGAAAAGAAAGAUGCUGAUCAAUAACUUAGAUAGGAACUAUUUUUCAAAUUACUAUGUAUAAAAAAUUUUGUUUUAAAAAUUUCUAAUAUCAGA